CGGACGGCAAACAAGUAGCCGCAGGAACAAUGGUCAAGUACUCGACAGAGCCCGAUAACAUCACUAAAUCCUGCAAAGCUCGGGGAUCCGAUCUCAGAGUUCAUUUCAAAAACACUCGUGAGACAGCGCAUGCCAUCAGAAAGUUACCUCUGGUGAAGGCUAAGAGAUACUUGGAAGAUGUGCUUGCCCACAAACAGGCCAUUCCCUUCACCCGUUUCUGUGGUGGUGUUGGGCGAACUGCUCAGGCCAAGAACCGCCAUUCAAAUGGACAGGGUCGUUGGCCAGUGAAAUCUGCCAAUUUUAUCUUGGAUUUGCUCAAGAAUGCUGAAAGUAACGCUGAGGUGAAAGGUUUGGAUUUGGAUGCACUAUUCAUUUCUCACAUUCAGGUUAACCAGGCCGCUAAGCAAAGGCGUCGCACAUACCGUGCCCAUGGAAGGAUUAACCCCUACAUGUCGUCACCAUGCCAUAUCGAGUUGAUUUUGUCAGAGAAGGAAGAAUCUGUUAAAAAGGAGGCCGAAUCGCAGUUGGCAACCAGCAAACCAAGGAAGUCUUGAGCUAUUGAAAGUUUUUUUUUUUGGUCUCUACUUUGUUGUGAACAAAUUUCUAUUUCUAUGUCUUGGAUUCAUAGAUUAAUCACAUUUUCUCAUCUGUUUGAUA